GUGCCCUUCCCACUCCCACCAACUCUACCGCUCACGCGCUCACGAACAGUCACGUCAACCUUACCACAGCCCCCUAAUCUCACAGUGUAGAGCCUGUAGACCUUGGUGUAGACUCCCAAGUCGCAGCCCAGUCUGAAACCGCCGCUGACAAAGUCAUGUCCCCCAUCACCCCAAUCGCAACCGACGCGGUAGAUAGCCAGCUGGCUGGCUAUCCUCACGUCGACGACAUCUCGAGCCCUACGUCGGAGAGGUCCUUCAGCUGUGGCAGUAGCAUCCGCUCGGAGUCACGGUCGUCGUCGGUGUCGCCAGAGGACAGAGGUGUAUGGGAUGAGAAGACGGGGUACAGCCCGGAGGACGAGCCGCACGGGCAGGGCGAGGAGUUCGCGGGCAUUGGCCUGCUCCCGGAGGAUGUCUACGAGGAGGCCAUGAACUCGUGGAGGAGCAGCAUCCGGUCGCGUAUCCGAAGCUGUGUUGUCUGGGAGUCCGACGUGCUGGCGAGGAUGCAGGGAUAUGUUCGUACGCCAUUCCUCGAUAGAUAUUUCGUGUACACGUCCUCGCUCGGUACCCACACGUUCUUCAUGAUCUCCUUGCCGGCGUUCGUGUUCUUCGGACACCGAGAAAUUGUUCCAGGACUCCUCAUGGUGCUCGCGCUCGGAGUCUACGCGUCGUCGUUUGUCAAGGACGCGGUUUGCUCUCCGAGACCAUUCGCUCCUCCCGUUACGAGACUCACCGUUGGAAACCACCACCACGAGUAUGGCUUCCCCUCCACACAUACGACCAACAGUGUUUCCAUCGCGCUGUUCUUCUUCACGCUCCUCCAACGGGCGUACGCAAAGUCCGCUGCCUCCGUCCUGUCGGCUCAAAAUUCGACGGCUGUUCUCCUCGACGAGGUCGCUGCACCCGACGGCCGGUUCAUUUCGAGCGAUACCUACAAUGUCCUUGUCGGCGUGUUGCUUUUCUACGUGUUCUCGAUCGUGUACGGGCGGCUGUACACGGGCAUGCACUCCUUCACGGAUUGUCUCUGUGGAUUUGUCCUCGGCACGGGCGUCUGGGCUCUCAAUUUGUGGUGCAGUGAUCCCCUGCAUGCUUGGAUACGGGACUCCGGCUUGAUAGUGCCCGCUGUAACGAUUCCGAUCUGCCUCCUGAUGGUCCACUGGCAUCCACAGCCAGUGGAUGACUGCCCUUGUUUCGAGGAUGCCAUCGCCUUCAUGUCUGUGGUGUUGGGCGAGAUCCUCUCGAGGUGGUACAUGCUGCACCACGGCUACGACGACAGCUAUUUUGCGCGCGUCCAACCGGGCAAGCCCUUGGGUGAUUGGAUGGAUGCUAUGACCUGGUGGUCUGUUGCCAGCAUGAAGAUGGUUCUCGGUAUUCUCCUCAUCUUCGUGUGGCGCAUUGUCGCGAAAAGCAUCCUCCACUUUGUCCUCCCCCCGCUCUUCCGUCUCCUUGCGCACGCGUUCACACUUCCGCACCGUCGCUUCUACACGCCCGCGACGGACUACAAGAAUGUCCCGGCCGAGAAGGGUCUCUACCCGAUCCCGUCAGUCAUCGACCUCUCGAGCAUGAUGGAGAUGGAGAUGGACGGCGCUGGCGGUGCGAGCGGCCACCGGUUUGGCGUGCCAGGCGGCAUUUACGGUGAGCGCAGUGUGAAGCUGCGUGGCGCGAAGGCAAGGGGCAGGAUGCCGCGGGGGGAGUACCCGGUGGAAAAGGAGGGCCUUGCCAUGGAUGUCGGCGAGUAUGAGGCGAAGGUGGAGGUGGUGAAGCACUACGAUGCGGACGUGCUGACGAAGGUCAUCGUCUACUGUGGAAUCGGUAUGCUCGCGUGCGGCUUCAUCCCCGUCAUGUUUGAGGCGCUGGGAUGGGGUCUGCGCGUGGGCUGAACGUCCGGCUCUGUUGUGAGAGUAGUGUAAGGAUAACGAAUCUCGCCAUGAAACGUUGUAAGACAUACCUAUACCCUUUCCUUCCGCCAUAAUGCGAGCGUUGCCUUCGUUUGUUGCUCGCCCAUCAGUAAUCCCGGAGCGUUAUUCAUACUUCGUGUAUCGUAGCCGUAUUUCCAUUAUCAUGUUUUGGAUGACACGGUUGUAGCCAAUUCAUGCCAGUACUUAGCUCACCUUCGUAUCGUGGACCUCCUCAGAGGUCAUUGUGACCGUAGUUGCAAUAGAUGCGCAGUGUCGGAAUGGAGGCAUACAGCGGUGGAGAGCUUA